UUCUUCACAAAUAAUGAGUCUAAAGGGUCGGUCAGGGUCUCUGUCGCCGGGAUUGUGCAAGGUUUUGGUACUGAAUGCGAAGAUGAGGGAUGGAUAUGAAGGGUAUAUUGGCAGUAAUUUCUCGCAUAAGUAAUAUUUGAAAAGGGAGAGUCCUAUCGAGAGAAUUAUGAAUCCGUACUCAUCUUGAUGUAAGUCUGGAGGGUUAGGAAGGUUUAGAAGAGAAAAGAAGGGAAUAAGAUAAAGAACAUUUAGUAGCCUGAUUAAGGACAAAUUUAAGUCAUUUAAAAAUUGAUCUAAUAUUAUGAAAUAUAAGUUGGCUACAAGAAAUAAGGUAUGAGAAAAGCAAGUUCAAAACCUACAGGAGCAUAAAUCUCUUAAAUGUCACUACCAGCUUGAUUGCAUCAAAAUUCUGAUCAAACUUUUGGGAUUUCCAGAAAACUUUGGAAGAAACAGAAAGGAUUCAUUGUCACCCAAAAAUGUGUAUAACUUAGUUGCGAGAAUUCCAAAUCAGAAUGAAACUGUAUCAAGGAAUUUAAAAAAGAUGAUGAAAAAUAGCAAGAAGGCAAAUCAAUAUCAGAGUAAUGCAUUGACACAGAAUCAGAGUGCUAUUUCUAUUGAAGAGAAUGACAUUAAGGCUGAAGUUGAUACAGUACCCAAGCCUGAGCUUCCUUCAAACCUGAGACUCUUAGAACAGAACAGUGAAUGUAAAGGCAAAAGGGCUAUCCAAGAGAUUACCAGAUUUCUUCAAGGAUCUUCUGUAUCAAAUGAAGGUCCAAAAGUUGACUUCCAAAACAUCCACUCGAUCACACCAAUAUACCAAUCAUGGAGCCCGAUACAGCCCCUUCCCCCAUACCUCCGGAGCCUUCUCUGUAGCUCACAGAUCGGCCAUCGGCUAAAGUACCCUUAUCCUCAAAGAAAACCCAAUUUUGAACAGUUAACCACCGAGAAUAUUAUCUCACGCAAGUCAAUGUCAGUUAAGAGAUUACAACCGGUUAGGAGGGUAGAGGCUGUUAGAAGAAUUAAGAAGAAGAAGUUAAGAAGGAAUGGAAAUAAGGUGGGCUUUUGGGUUGACUUUUUAGUUCAAGGUAUGGAGUUUGGGCGUCGUUUUAGGGUGUUGAUGUGGUAUUUGGGAAGGCUACUGAUAGAUUUGGAUAUUUCAAAGCUUUCUUCAGCAAAAAAAAAUUUGUUUUGGCAGACCAAGAAGCCUUCUUAUUGCUUUAAAGGUGAACCUAAGUUUUUUGUCAUGCUUUGGAGAAGCUCCAAAGGGAUGAGAGUCAACAGUCUAUUUGGACAAUUUUCAGAACCAGACUAAUACCACACAAGGAACAAAUUCAUGAAUUAACUU